AUGGUAGGUCCUGGUGAAGUAGAUGAUGAAUUACAGCCUGAAGUUGUUGAUGAAUCCGGUAAAUACGGUGAAGUUGUUAAAGUGAUCAUAUACGAGGUAAGUAUGAUACGAUAGUUGUUUUUUUCGUUAAGCUUUAUCUUAUGUACGUACUUUCAAAUAAGUAAGAAAGUAAGCAAGGAAGAAAAUCCAAAUACAGUAUAGCUGAAGGUGAAACAUGGAACUAACUAGAGUCGCCAAAAGGCGAAUUCACGUGGAUGCUUCUGCUAACACUAGACAGAAAUAUUGAAUCGUAUGAAAACGAGAAGUUUGCUAAAAUAGACAGCCAACUGCGCAUUGAUCCCGAUCCAUGGGCCUCAUUGAUUACACUGAGACGAUCCUAAUGUGCGGUCUACAGUCUACAUUAAAACCGUUUUCAUGUUAAACGCAUUAACAUUUUUCUCUUGGUAUUUUUCUCUAGCUUAAAUGAAUAAAAUCAUUUGCAUUUUGUGACCUAUUUUGCUUUCAUCGGCCCUCGCUUUAAACAAUGUAAAUAGAUGAAACGGUCGAUAACAUAUUUUUUUUUUACUGUGAUACUAAUAUGAGUUAAAAAUUCGCUCGAGUUUGCCUUUUGUCUCAUCCGUGACUAACUUUUCUUCAUGCCAGAAAAUUAUGCCGCUUUAUAACUCCUCCGAAGUUUUUGUGCCAGCUAAACAAUAUCGAAACACCAUUCACAGUCCUUGGAUAUUAAGACGACUGAGCGAAACGCACUAUGUGCCCUUAUUUACUCCUGAUCACAUUAAAUAAUAAAGUAAUAAAGUCUAUAUUCAUCAAAAGAUAAAAAUACAUAUCUUUUGUUACCAGUCAGUGUAAGAAAUUUUAAAAGAGGUAAAAAGUAAAAAUUAAAAAAAAUCUAGUAUAUUACAUGGCUAAUUCAUAAUUAAAAACUAAACGAUUAAUAAAAGAGUUUUUAAAACGCAUAGUGUUAAUCUUUGGUUUAAAACAAGUUUCUUUCCUAAGAUUGUAACUGGACGGUUUAACUCGACGCUUAAUAGAUAAAAGUGGAUGUCCUUUAGCAUUAGAAACUUUUCUGAAAAUUUUACGGUCUCUUGCCUCUUUUGCCUCUCUAAGAAAUCAUAAACACUUACUGGCUUAGACUUAUGUUUCUUUUUAAAACAGCGGUCUAAGAAACAUUGUACAGGUGUAAGAUCGAACUCGAACGCGGCGUAGACAGAUGAUGCGUACUUAAUAUAAGGUAGAACUAUUGUAUUACAGAGAAGGUCUGUUUCUGACUGAUUGUACCCCUCUUUGCGCAGCGUUCUUACUCUCUCUUUUCAAGCGAUUUAUCUCAAUGUACAAUAACUGAUCCUUAUAUUAAUUAAAACCAUAUGGCUUAUUGAUAUUAAUGUUGUUUUCCCCUCUCGUUUCUAUUCAAAACACCUUUAGGAAAAUAAAGGUCGUGUAAGUCAUGUGUAUUGUGUUUCGAGAUAAAUCCAUCACAGGCUUUUUUAAGUUCCCAUUUUGCGGUGGCCUCAGUUUACAUCGCCAUAAACUGGUAAAAGAAACAUCAAGAAACAUCACGCGAGCUGAAAAUUUUCAAAGGUUUUUUGAAACUCACUCAUGCUGACAUCAAUAUAUCGCGCUUGCUAACAGAAUUGAGGAGACGCAUAAAAAGUGAUAACAAGAUCAUGUACAAAUUUAAUGAUAAAAGCUUAGCAAGAUACAGAUACAAACAAGAGCAAAACCUCUGGGCUACACUUGUAUACUUCACUCAGUCACCAAACCUUGUCAGUAAUAGGUCAAGUUGGUCUUUGUGAAGUUUCAGGAUCGGAUGUCCCGGUGAAGUUAAGAACUUGUGUGCGAAGUUCUCAAAGUUCUUAUUUUUGUCCGUGUCUUCUUUAUCCUCGGUAUCCGAAAUUUAGUCCUCCAAAGUGGCGUGUGUUGCAUUAAAUAGAAAGAAAUAUUUCAAUGAAAAGCCAGUCUACUAACAUAGCAAAGUUGUCACGUCCCUCGCUCAUGGACGUCCAUUUCUUAACAUCAGGAUUCGUCUGAUAUUCAUGGGCAGCUAAGUUGUUGGCUUCAGUACAACUGUAAGGAUAGGAAAUUUCACUGCGUCAAGCGGCUUUUCGGCCUGUCAAACCAAAUUAGCGGGUAUUUCGUCUUGAUAGUUGUAUUGGCUCUCAUGGAAAUGGGUAAAUUGCAGUUGCUCUUUCUGGUAGCUUGAGGGAUUGUGCGAAAAUGAUGCUGGAGUCUUUCAGGCGGACUGGAGUAAGAAGAAACUGUAGAAUGAUGUGGUGAUUUGCUUGGACGCGACUGGGUGGCUUGCUUUCAAAAUGUUCUGUUGAAAGAGUUGACUUGGUAGACACCGGAUCACUGACUUAUUUUCAUCCUUUGAGUAAGGCGGUUGUUGAUUCUUGCUUGAUUUGGGAGUUGACAUGUCCAUGACGGGCCUUCUUGCACCUGUGUAGGAAAGCACUAUAAUAAUGGGGAAGCCCUCUUAGGAAUUUAUCGACGUCAUUGCUUCUAGCAGCAGGGCUGGUCUUUACGACGGUAAGGAGAGCUAGAGGUCGUGAAUAUUCUUCUCCUAGGGUCAUCUUAAGUGGGUAGGUCUUGUCUAACUUUAAUGUUCAUUCAGAAAAAUUAAUGAUCGCACCGUUGGACUGCAGAAAAUCUCUUCCAAGAACAGCGUGAUAAGCCACAUUGUUAAUGACAUGAAAUUGACACGGAAAUUGUCUUCCAUUUAGUAACAAGGUGACUUGAAUGUGGCCAAUAGUUUAAAGUUUUUCACCACUGACGGUAUGCUUUUCUGAGAAAGUAGUCGGGGUUAUUUCAGGAUGGGCGUCAUCAUGAUGCGCGUUAUCAUGAAGGACUUCUUUGACAAAUUCGUAGUUUAUCACCGAAAUACAAGCUCCUGAGUCAAUGAGUAGUUUCGUUGGACAAUCAUCUAUUUUACCAAUGACAAAGGCGGUCCGUUGCGGUGUAUUUGGUGGAAAACUACGCUGUGUGGGUUUGAUCUUCUUAUGCUUUGCAGACUCUUGUGUAUUUCUGUUUGAUUUUGAGUGCACUUUAGUCUCUUGAUAUGAACUCGAUAACUCCUGUCGCUGGUGAGUUGGCUCCUGAUCUGGCGCGGACUAAAGAGAGUCGCCUGCAAUCGUGUAGCGUUCAUCACUUGAUAUAAUGCGCACUUGGUCUUCUUCGGCAGGGUCGCUAUGUGUGGCAACAGGUUGCGUUUUAUUUGUCACCUGCAGAUUUUCUUUGUGGCUGGUGGUCAUCACGAUUACCUUUUCUGAAGAAUUAGGCUUGGUUUUUGUAUAGGUUUCUGGUUCUGUCGCAUUCUCUUGACUGUGCUGAGGGUGAAAUGUACUAUGAGUCUGAUCAGAGUGGCUCUGACGUUUUGAGUUUAGAGCUGGCUCAGUAAAUUCAGUCUUAAGUAUAUCGCGUGUACGCGCCUCAUUCUUCUUCAUUGAAUUGUAGUUAAUUGGCUGGACAGCUUGAAUGGUACUUAUUCUUGGUACUUCUGUAGACCCAAAUAUGGGUGGAUUGCUUCUUCUUGCAUAAUAAGCUCCUUCAGGCUGUGCUUCUUUCUCUUUCUGUUGCUGGUUUGGCUGAUUAAACUGGGCAACAACUGGUUCUGCGGUACCGUCGGCUUCUAAAGCAGCAAUUCCUGGGCCUGUCUGUGUGUGUGGCCAAGUGUUUCGAGGGUUUUGAUAUUGAUUUCGUUGAUCAACUCUAGCAUAACAGUUCUGUCUCACGUGACCCACUCGACCACAGAUGUCACAAACCGGGCGCCCCUCCUGGGUCCGUACUCUCGGUUGUUCUUGUUGAUUGUUUCCAUUUGUGUGGGCUUUCAUGAACCCGUCUAUGCGAGCUUGCAUUCGACGUAUUUCAUUCAUCAUUCUUUCUUGUAAAUGGGAUGCAUCUUGUCCACUGUGAUUCAUGCGGUUGUGAAACUGCUGUGGUUAUUGUGAACCACGCUGAGCGGUCCUUAAAAAUCUGUUUUCUUCCCUAAGGCGCCGCAGUUCUUCUGAUUCACUGCCAGAGUGAUUACGUUCACUUGUAGAGGGCUGAUAGGCUGCAAUAGCAUUAAAAUGUUCUUCUGAAGUUAUCCCCCUUAACUGACGAACUUGUUCUUGUAAGUACCUCAGUUCUUCAUCUGCCGAUUAAAUAGCGGUAGGCUGGUAAGCAGCAAUUUUAGGCCCUGUACUUUCUUGAGGGCGGUUUCCAAUCAUUUUCAUGAGUUGCUUAUUCUCUCUUCAAGGCGUGUCAUUUUACUAUCUAUAGCAGUGGUGUACCGGGGCGAGUACUGGCAUGCGUUUAAAACGGCUUCAGACUUAGAGUGCGUUUUGGCCAUAGUUGACAUUACGUUGUCAAGUUGAUGCUGUAUUCGAGUAAGAGGACCUUGUACUUCAGGAGUUGCGCCAGCAUUAGUUAUUGAAGGCAUGCAACUAGCAGCCUGUACAAUACGUGAGGCAUCUUCUUCUUUCCUCUGAAGGGUGGACUGUUCAAUGGAGUAAAUAAGUCUUGCUGUUUUUUCUGCCUCGUUGUAAGUUUUAGGCUCCUUUUUUAAGACUUCAGCUUGAAUAUCUGCAUGUAGUUCUUGAAUAAGGUAACAAUUUUUAUCCCCAAAACGAAGAUCUAGACAGUUAAAUUUUUCAUUCAAAUCUGCUAAGUAGGUUUCAGUAGAUUCAGAUGGACCUUGGCGGCGUUUUGACAGUUCUUGUCGGUUUCUUAGGUGGGGAUGAGCAGGAGAAAAACGUUCCUUCAAUGCGUCUCUCAACAAGGUGUACGAAGCUUUUACUGAACUAAGAAGAUUAUAAUAAUAUGUUUCUGCUGGCCCAGAAAGGUGAAGAGCCAGUUUUUCAGCUGCCUGGUCACUUGAGGACGAUAUUUUUUCGUUGGCAAGGUAUAAGGAGAAACGCUGAAGCCAACGAUCAACAGUUUCAUUUUCGCGUCCAUGGAAUAACUUAGGCUUGACAACAAUAGAUUCUGUUACAUGUGGGGUGGACAAAGAAACGUGUGCAGUUUUACGUUUCGAGGGAUUACCUUGAAGUUCUGGUAGUCUUGUCUUGCAACUUUGUCCCCCAGUCGCAGUAGAGACGGUAGAAACGCCCGGGUUCUCCACCAAUGUAACGGGAGGAAAUUUCACUUUGUCAAGCGGCUUUUCAGACUGUCAAACCAAAUUGGCGGGAAAGUCGAACUAGGAAAACAACGGAACUAAAGCUCUUCGCGAGGGCGCGAGAAUUAGCAAAUAGUGAUCUGCUAAUGGAAGUUAUUGUCGGGGGAAACUGCAAUUCCGUAGAGCGACUGGCUUGCUGCUGGCACUCGUUACUACUGCCAGAGGUACAGGGUCUAAUUUCCAGGUCUCAAGGUACGAAGGUUGGACAAGAACUGAGACUUUUCUGUAAUGCUGCAACUUCUUUAUUGUAGAGUAAACCUCGUAAAUAGUACUUCACAUGUAAUCGCAGGUAGUCGUACAGGUAAUCGCAGGCUAGGUAAUCGAUUUACAACAGUUUAAGUAUUUUUGUACAGUCUACAGUAAACACAGGUGUUCGAUUAUCACAAAGGAACACAAAAACCUAUUCAAAAAUACACCUGCUAGCUGAUCAACGCGUUACAACUCGAUUGGUUAAAAGACUUUUCUUUAUGGUGUAAAUACAAUACUUCCUAUUUCGGUUCCUGUACUUUUAGAAAAACACAUGUUGUAAGUCAAGCUGAAUGAACAGAGCACAACAGUUGUUUCUUUGAAAUGUAAAAUGGUUCUUGUCUAACAAAGAGCAGCCUGCGUAGUAAGCGUUUCCGUGCGGUUUAGGAGCAACGAACGAGGAACGAUAGUCAAAGACCGCUCGAAAAUGACGUAAGUACUUUCAUUUUUUGGCUCUUGUUUUAUUUCUCGCGCGGCCAAAACCGAGAAUCCCGUUCCUUGGUCUUUCUUUGCUCCGAAACCAAACGGAAGCGCUUGCUACGCAGGCUAAACAAAGAGACACGUACAGAAAUACACAUGUUCUAUUGAAAGUACGUGUCAGGUGUUCCAAUAUUUGUGCACAUGUCACUGCCGGCUAUUUGUAUUUGAUUAAUACGCUUAUUUCAGCUGCGGAGUUUUCGAAAGAUACGAAAGAGUUAAAACUAGAUUUGCUGACUUGUGCAGAAUUGCUAGAAUAACGCUCUGAUGAAACUGAGUUCCGUUCUAAAGAUAACAUUGAAAUAUCGGCUGUGACAAACAGCUUACAAUCAAGUCUUCAGCCAUAGUGUCAUCAAUUCGUAAAAUACUUUGCUCAUAAAUUGUGCUAAUUAAUUACUGAUGAACUACAUCGAUCGUUAAUUCUCUCUUUGAGUUCACGAUACGGCCCUAGUGUUCCAAAACUAACGCUCACAGUCAUCUUUAAGUGUGAACCUAUCGUGAACGGCGUAUGGGUUUGUAUGCAACGAGAGCAUUUCUCUGAGUUUCCCAGCGCCAACAUAAUCAAUUCACUUAAACUCGAACAGUGACAAAACUUAUUAAGUGACUCCUAUGAUCGAAUCGCUUCGAACAACGCAACGCUGGGUUUCUGUGGGGGUUGGGGGGGAUAUUCGUGCAAGGGAAAAUCGUAUGUAACCACUUUGGAGAACAUCGUUUCUCGGUAGCAGACCCUCGUGUCUUCCCCCCUCCCACCCUCCUCCGCAUGAUGACCGUUUUUCUGGACAGACGACCGAAAGCCGAAAUUAUAACUAGGCGUACCCAGAAAGGGGCAUCCCAGUAACAAGAAACAAUCCAGCCAGUGGUCAGAUUGUGGAUCCAAUGCGUUGACCACUGUCCGGGCCGAGCGACCCGCUUAGGCAGUGUUUGCACAAGUUCAUGUACGUUAGUAGAAACACACAUUUGUGAACUUGUCCAACCCGCGGGACAGAUUACUGUAAUCGGUUACAUCGUUCGUGUGUACAUGAAAGCCUUGAAUGUGUGUGUGUUUGUUUCAAACUUCAAAGGACUUGUGUAGACAUACUGUAUCCUUAAUAAGCGUCUACGUUGUAACAAUUUGUUAUGUUUGUCUUCAUUCAGUUCCCACAAGGUGUCAUGGAAGAGGAAGAGACAGUGCGCAUUUUUGUUGAGUUUCAGCGAGUUGAAUCAGCUAUUAAAGGUUACUGAAAUCUAAAGACAGGUUAUUUAAAUAUAGCUCAAACUUACCGCCUUUCAAGACUACUUUCUACACAGUAACACAUUUGUUAACAGUCUUUACCGUUGCUGUUCUGUAUCAAACUAUCAUUUAUAUUGUUUACUGAUGUCAAAACAUGAUCCACUAUCACGUAGACCGAAACUAGGUAGUUUUGACGUUGCGAGUGGCGCUUUUGCCAAAUGACGUCAUUCCAGAGACACCAUAACCUGCGUUGUCAUCUUUGUUUUUACAAAAAAGGAAUAGGGUGGUAGCCUUGCACGGCCUCUUUGAAUCGGCGCAACACCGCGACUAUUUUGAGUUCAACACUGGCAGUUACUCGAGCACAGGAAUAUGCCUGCAAUGUAGGGUAUAGCAUUUGUAGAAACAUAUUUCCGUCAGAGUUGCUAGGGAAUACUGGGUGGCAAGUAACGCGAUGAUCAAAUUCUAGACUUUCCCUACAAAGGCUUGUAACUCUGAGUUGGAUGAAUGAUUCAGUACCAAGAUCCAUAAUGUUUUCUUUCCUUUUCAGCUCUUGUUGAUCUCAAUGGAAGGUACUUUGGCGGUCGCACUGUUAGAGGUGCAUUCUACAACUUGGACAAGUUCAGGAGACUGCAUCUCAUGGAUGAUAUUUAA